AAAAUAGUUUGGCCUAAACUAAUUUGAAAAUCUAGCUAAAUUUGUGAUGUGGUUUCUUCACGAAGCUAGGUGAGGGCAACUUCUAAGAGAAUCCAUUCCUACAAUCCGAAAAUAACGCACCUUAAGACUUUAGAUUUAGGAACGGAGACACGACCAUUUACUGUACAUGCAGCCUGAUCAAUCAGCACGCAGAGACUGAACAAACGCAGUUUUUCUCCAUAUCGACAAAAUCUAAAUAUAUGUAGAUCAGGCAUUGUGCAUUUUUGGAUUGGCGGGACCUGAACUGUAGAAGCAAGGAAGACAACUGCAGACUGUUUUACAAGUCGAGCCACCAAAGCUGACUAAUCAAACACUGGAAGUCUGGAACCAACCAUCAAUCUGCACCACAAGAAACCACUACAAAACAAACAAACUGGGCACUAGAUCGCCAUCGUCGCCAUGGACCAUGGAGGGGAAUAUGCGCCGGAUGAGAAGGUGGAGCUGCUGGGCACAUGGUCGAGCCCCUAUGUCUUCAAGGUAAUUUGGGCGCUGACGAUGAAAGGCGUGGAGUACGAGUACGUCGAGGAGGACCUGAGGAACAAGAGCGGCGCGCUGCUGUCGCUCAACCCCCUGCACAAGAAGGUCCCCGUGCUGGUCUACCGCGGCAAGCCGGUGGCGGAAUCCGACGUCAUCGUCGAGUUCAUCGACGAGGCCUGGAAGGAUCGCGGCGGCGGCGGCCGUAUCCUCCCCGAGGACCCCUACGAGCGCGCCAUGGCGCGUUCCUGGGUGAUAUUCGCUCGGGACGUGCUCUCACCGCCGAUCUGGAAGUGGUUCACGGCGCCGGGCGAGGAGGAGCAGGAGGGCGCGCGCGAGGCCGCCGUCGCGCAGCUGCUGGUGCUGGAGGAGGAGCUUGGCCGGAAAGAGUUCUUCGCCGGGGACUGCGUCGGGCUCGUCGACCUGUCGCUCGGCGCGUUGGCUUACGUGAUUCCGAUAUACGAGGAAAUCACUGGCACACGGAUUGUGACCGAGGAGAGGCUUCCUUGCCUGUCCGCGUGGAUGGGGAGAUUCUUGAGCUCGCCGCCGGCGAAGGACCACCUGCCGCCGCUAGAGAAGCUGAAACUCAGGUACCGAGCCAUGCGUGAAGCUUUUCUGAAGAUCGGCUAGACGAUGAUGUCUACGUAUUCCGUUAAUAUGCUUGGCUACUUUAUCUUUGGAUCGAGAUUUUAAUAUACCAUCACCUAAUAUUUGUGUUGCACACCUUUGACACCUUCA